AUCGCGCGCAGUAGUGUGCAAAGGCCAUUAACGGACAAAGCCUGACCAUGAGAUCUCGUGUAUCAUAUUUUUGUUGAUUACGCGCAUACUGGGAAAAUUCUUUGUAUAACAUUUAUGACAGCAUGAUAUGCUAAAGGCAAACGAGAGAAACAUGAACAGGUGAUAACUGUGUAAAAACAAAAAAACAUGAUAAAAAGGGAAAUGGAUCAUCGUGAUAUCCUAGUAGGCUGUGUCAAAACACAAAUAGAAAAUCUUGCUGGAGUUUCUAUGGAAACCGAUGAUAUCCAGACCGAAGAACAACUUAAAGGGAUUGUCACAAUUUGUUCAGAAGAGAGUGUGACUCGUGCUGCUUCGAGUCAAUUGGAAGAGGCAUUGAACAGAUUUAACAAAAAUAACCAAGAUCAUUUAACUGGCAAUGUUGUUGACAAUGAAAAUGAGGCUGCCAAGGAGAAAUCAGGAUUGGAAAGACAAGUACAAAUGGGUGAAGUUUCACCUUUUAAAAUGGCUCAAAUUACAAAUGCCUCAAAAUCAGAAAAUAAAAGGAAUUUCAAUGAAGCUUUUGGCUUGGCAGGCUUGGAAAAUUAUUUAAAGAAACAAGCUGAACUUUCAGAGCAAAGAAAAAGAUUGAAAAACACCAAAGUAACUGGAAUGAACAAAAAAGAAUCUCAAAAGCCCUGCCUCCAGGAAUCUGCUAGUAUUCAACAAAAACUAUCUCUCGAUAAGCAAAAAAAACGAAUAAAAAAAAGUUUGUAUCGUGAGCCAGAAAAAACAAAUCAUGAAAUUUCCAAUCCACCUAAUGUUACCAAAGAAUCAGUAAGAAUGUCUUCCAAAAGUAAUCUAAGUGCAGUAACUGGUAUCGAUUCGGACAAUCAAGAUUCAGGAAGUGAAUAUUUGCCGAGCGACAGCGAAAUUGAAGAAGAUGAUACAUCAUUGAAGAAAAAGAAAUCCAGUCGACAAGGAAGAAAGAAAUCUCGAAAAGACGUCGAUCGACAAAACGAAAAUUCAAUUUCAGGUGGUUCCAAAAUUUUGGAUGACGGUGACGAUGCGAUUUACAAAGAGCGUAUGGAGGCUCGGUUGCUGGAAAAUUCGUCAAAGGACGUAUUGUUUACCGUGGAAAAUUUGUUCAAAGUACCAAAAUCGAUAUGGAAAAAAUUAUACAAGUAUCAGAAAGUCUCGAUACGAUGGUUGUGGGAACUCCAUGGACGAGGCUUGGGUGGUUUGAUGGGUGAUGAAAUGGGUCUGGGCAAAACUGUUCAAGUUAUUGCUUUUCUUGCCGGCUUAGAUGUCAGUGAAUUGCUUUCCGACGGUGGAAGAUUCAGAGGAUUAGGUCCAACGAUCAUAGUUUGCCCGGCAACUUUGCUCGAACAAUGGUUAAGACAUUUCCGAGAAUGGGCACCAUUUUUAAGAGUUGCUGUCCUUCAUCAUUCAGGGACUUAUCGGGGUACACCUGAGGAUUUGAUCGAAAAUAUUGUAACAACAGGAGGAAUUUUAAUUACAUCUUACUCCGGUGUACUCCAACACAAAGAGGCUUUACUCGAAUCCCAUUGGCACUACAUCAUUUUGGAUGAAGGUCACAAAAUUCGGAAUCCUGAGGCUAAGGUAACUAGAACAGUAAAAAGAUUUUCGACGCCUCACCGCUUACUUCUAACUGGAAGUCCGAUGCAAAAUUCCUUAAAAGAAUUGUGGUCCUUGUUCGACUUCAUAUUACCAGGAAAAUUGGGUACGCAGGCGACUUUUCUUGAACAUUGCGCAAAUCCUAUAACUCGUGGUGGGUAUGCCAAUGCCUCACCUCUCCAAGAGGCUACUGCUCUUCAAGUGGCGACCAUGCUUAAAGAUGCAAUAGCUCCCUAUAUGCUUAGAAGAACAAAAAGAGAUGUCCAACAUCACAUCAAGUUACCGGAAAAAAAUGAGCAAGUACUUUUCUGUAGUCUAACAGAAAUACAAAAGAGCCUUUAUAAAGAGUACUUGAGGACGGAUCACGUAGCUUCGGUCCUUCACGAUAAAAGUAAUCAAUCGGAGAAUAGUUAUCGUGCCAGACUGCUCGUAGCUCUUACAAAUUUACGGAAAAUCUGUAAUCAUCCGGAUCUUUAUAGUUAUGGAAACGAAAAUGUCAAUUCUGACGAAGAAUUGAAUCUCGAAGAAGAAUCGGUUGAAGAUUUUGGCCACUGGAAACGUUCCGGUAAAUUGGUGGUCGUUAAAUCUUUGCUGAAAAUUUGGAAACAGCAAGGACACAGAGCACUUCUAUUCACGCAAGGCCGACAGAUGAUGCGCGUAUUGGAAGCCCUUGCCCAACGUGAAGGUCAUAAGUAUCUCCGUCUCGAUGGAAUGACCCCGAUGGCACAGCGCCAACAGACAAUCCACAAAUUUAACAAUGAUUCCAGUUAUUUCGUUUUCAUAUCAACUACGCGGGUCGGAGGUCUCGGAGUCAAUCUCACUGGAGCGAAUCGCGUCGUUAUUUACGAUCCUGACUGGAAUCCGGCUGUAGAUGCCCAAGCAAGAGAACGAGCCUGGAGAAUCGGUCAAGAUAAACAUGUCACAAUUUACAGGCUUAUCACUGCUGGCACAGUAGAAGAAAAGAUUUAUCAUCGUCAAAUCUUCAAACUAUUGUUGUCGAACCGAAUCCUCGAGGAUCCACGUCAACGGAGACUUUUCCAGACUUCCGAUCUCGCAGAACUCUUUAAUUUUAACGAGCCUUUGGAUGGCACAGCGACCGAAUCCGAUCGAAUAUUUCGUGAUUGUAAACUCGAACCAAAAACCGCACUUUUAAAAUCGAACUUUUCUCCUCUUAAAAUAGAGGCUAUGAAGAAGCUCGCGUCUUCAGUCAGCAAAAAAAUUGAAGAAAUCGCUAAGAAAACUACUGAAGAAAGUAAAGGACAGUCUCCGAGUGAUGCACCGAUUCCUAAGAAAGGCAAAUCUGCAGAGAAAAAUCGAAAAAAAUAUCAUAAAGAGAAGAAAAAUAGGAAGGCAAAAAUUUCAGCUAUCUUCGAAGGCGAAGAAGUACCUUGUCUGAUUGGAAGAAAACUUGAAAGAUCAGAAACCAAUGAGGAAGAAGAUAUUUCUUCCACUUGCGAUGAUCAGUACGUUCUCAAGAAACUUUUUUCAAAAACGUGCGUGAGUUCGGCGAUUCAACACGAUGCUGUUCUCUCAGGCGCGAGAUCGGACGGCGGAGAAUCAAAUCCAAUGAAUCGAAUGGCCCGUGAUACUGCACAAGAAAGUAUGGAUUUGCUUCGUCAAUCAAGAAAAUGGUGCUGGAGACCGACUUGGGAUGCGCCGAGUAAUCACGAAUAAUACGAUUUUGAUCUUGUUUAUUAUCAAAGAUCGAUCCUAGAGACUGAUGAAGUUUGUGUACAAACCUUGAAAGUAAGAUAAUUAUUCCAUAACGAAAAAAAUAUUGUAUUUAUAUUAAUUUUAGUUGCGAUAAGACAAUAGUGAAUUACAAAGUGUAUAGUUACAGAUUUUGUACAUUUGUGUAAUUCAUGUAGUACACGCUACUUGAAAUAUUCAAUACAAAAACGUUCUUGAGAAAUUUGUUAACCACCAAAUUUCACUGAUAAAUGAUUGCCUAUCUUUUUUCAUGGAAUAUGCAAUGAUACAGAAACAAAAGCGAGAAAGAAUUGUCAUUGACUGUUCCGAAAGAAUAAAUGUUAUUUUUGGAUA